CGGCCGGCAGUGCAGAUAUAGAGAGAAAAGUCUCCCCUUCUUCUUCGUCCCGUCUUCCUCUAUCCCCCGAUGUCUUCCGCAGGAACUCCAACCGGCGCCGCCGCCGCCGCCACAGCUCGCCCUCCUCCCGCCUCCGUACCAAAGGCUUUCUUCUGCUACCAAUGCAAUCGCACGGUCACCAUAUCCGUCUCCCCGACCUCCGAUCCCCUAUGCCCUUCCUGCAACGAAGGUUUCUUAGAGGAGGCUGAAAACCCUAACCCCGGUCCAAAUCUCUCCUCCGCCGCAGCAGCCGACCCCUUCGGCGAUGCCUUCUUCCCUCCCAUGAGCCCCUUCUCCCUCCUCCCUCUACUCUUCUCCUCCUCCUCCGCCCACGGUGGCUCCGCGACCUUCGAAUUCCAAAACCCUAACAUCUUCGGCGCCCAGCGAUCGCCCUCCGAUCAGGCCGAAUUCAACCCCCACGAUUUCCUCCGCAACUACCUCAACAACCUCCACAACGACGGCGCCAGAAUUCAGUUCUUCAUGGACAACAAUCCUCCCGCUGGCAACCUCGGCGAUUACUUCAUCGGCCCGGGACUCGAGCAAUUGAUCCAGCAGCUGGCAGAGAACGACCCCAACCGCUACGGAACUCCUCCUGCUGCGAAAUCAGCAAUCGACGCCCUCCCUACCGUCAAGAUCACCGGCGAGGCCCAGAGUUCUGAGAUGAAUCAAUGUGCUGUAUGCAAGGAUGAGUUCGAGACGGGUGAUGAGGCGAAACAGAUGCCUUGUAAGCAUGUCUAUCAUCCUGAUUGCAUUGUCCCCUGGCUUGAAUUGCACAAUUCAUGCCCAGUUUGCCGCUACGAGUUGCCCACGGGUGAUUCCGAGUACGAGACCAGGAGGCGCAACGGUGACCAAGGGGGCAACACCCAGAGCCCCGAUGCUGGAGGUGUCGGACGGAGAGAAGGUUUAGCAUUCAGUUGCCGUGGCCGUUCGGCAGACAAGGUGGUUCCAGCAGCGAUGGGGGAGCUGGUGGCGGCCAAAGUAGUGCCUGAUUUCCAAUUGGGUCAUGAAAAGAUGGAGCGAAGGGGAAGCAAGUAGAGGUGUCACUUUUGUUUUUGUUACAAGGGGCAAGCAAAGGAAGGGGACAGCCAGAACAAGUGUGUAUUACAGAAAGAAGGUGAAGAAGAAGAUGAGAGUGAGGGAUUAGGUUUUGGAUGGAUCGAAUGAAUUGAAUUCGAAGCAAAGUUAGGGUUGUUUCUCUUUUUCUUGUCUCUUGAUUUUUUGUGUUUUAACUUUUAUGGUUGGUUUGUUGGUUGGUUGGUUGGUUGGGUGAAAAUAUACAUACACAGGGCAGAUCACAUUGAUUUUGUGAUUCACAUACUUAACCGUCUUUAUAUGAUCUUGUACUCUUAGACCCCUACGAACUGGCUACUUUUACAUUCUUUGUGGUGUU